AUGUUAAAAUCAUUAUUUUAUCGAUUAUUGAUUAUUAUUCAAUUAAUCUUAUUAUUAUAUAAUUAUGAUUGUCAAUGUUAUGAAUUAUCAGAACAAUUAUUAAUUAAACAAUUAUUAUCUAAUUAUGAAAUAGCUAGUAGACCAAUUCAAUAUGAUGAAAAAAAUCAAAUCUUACAUACAUCUUUAUUAAUACAAUUGAAAUGGAUUGAUGAAACAAUUCAAUUAAGAAUUCUUGUAUUACCAUCAUCACGUAUAUGGACACCAGAUUUAUAUGUAUAUAAUAAUGCAGAUGAUGGAAAGAAUGGUUUAUUAGAUGUAUCACAUAGUCGAGUACGAGUUAGUCAGAAAGGUGAAGUAACUUGGAAUUUACCAGUUAGUAUACGUAGUUCUUGUAAUGUUGAUGUAUUAUAUUUUCCAUUUGAUCAUCAAUUAUGUAAUAUACAAUUAGCAUCAUGGAUAUAUGAUCAUAAUUAUCGUAUUACUGUUGGUGGACAAAAUAUUACUCAAAUUAACUUAAGAAUACAUAUUUAUAGACGAGCUAUAUUCUAUACUUAUACAGUGAUUGCACCAAGUAUAUUAUUAUGUAUAUUAACAAUAUUCAGUUUUUGGUUACCAAGUGGAAAUGUGAAAAAAAUCGAUAUGGGUUUAACAGUAUUUCUAUUUUUAUAUUUUCUACAAGUAAUGAUUGCAGAGAAUACACCGGAAUCAAAUUCUACACCAUUAAUUGGUACAUUUCUUACAAUGGUUAUGACAUUAAAUUCUAUAUCAUUAAUAUUUGCUACCAUAGUAUUACAUAUACAUAGACGUAGUAAAAAUGAUCCAUGUCCAAUACCACAUCCAUUAUUAUGGCGUCUUAUAAUUGGUAUAUUUGGUUAUUUAGCAAUGAUACCAUAUAAAAAAAUGAAUCAAUAUUCUACUCAUCUUAAUUGUAACCAUAACAAUUAUAUAAAUAAUGAUCAUAUUUCAUAUAAGCCAUAUAAAAGAGAUUAUAGAAAAAGUAUAAUAGAUGAAAGAGAUUUGAAUGAACAUGAACAAUUACAUAACAGUAAUGAUCCUAUCACUGAUAGUAAUAAUAAUAAUAAUAAUAAUAUUGAUCCAUACAAUCCAACCAUAGUUACAAAUGAAGAAUAUUCAAAAGAAGUAAACAUUAGACGUUGGUUAUAUAUUGCUAGAGUAGUGGAUAGAUUAUUAUUUCAAGUGUAUUUAAUUACAACAAUAAUAUCAAUUUUUGUAUUUCUUAUAUAUUUACCAAAUUCUUAUGAUAUUAAAUUGUAA